UUGUUUGCAAUCUGCUGAUCUGGAGCUCUGGCUAAAGAUUCCCUAAUAAAAAAUAAAAAAAAAUAAACCUGGAAGAAAUAGAAAGCAACCUGUGACCGGGGCUGAACAAACUCUCUCUCUCUCUCUCUCCGAUCAUCGAAAAUUAAUUGAUUUAUACAUCUGUGCUCUCAUUGUCAAAGAAAAGUUCGAUCGUCGACGCUUGCUCGAGCUCAAUCUGAUCCUUUUAGAGAGAGAGAGAGGCAGAGAAAGUAAUCGCUGAUCAAAAUACGCCAUGGGACAAGCAUUUCGCAAGCUCUUCGAUACCUUCUUCGGCAAUUCUGAGAUGCGGGUUGUGAUGCUUGGCUUGGAUGCUGCUGGUAAAACAACCAUCCUGUACAAACUGCACAUUGGAGAAGUGUUGUCAACUGUUCCUACAAUUGGUUUCAAUGUGGAGAAAGUGCAGUAUAAGAAUGUGGUAUUCACAGUGUGGGAUGUAGGCGGACAAGAGAAAUUAAGGCCACUAUGGAGGCAUUACUUCAAUAACACUGAUGGACUGAUUUAUGUUGUGGACUCUUUGGAUCGAGAGAGAAUCGGAAAAGCAAAACAAGAGUUUCAGGCCAUCAUAAGAGAUCCAUUUAUGCUUAACAGCAUCAUCCUGGUGUUUGCAAACAAACAGGACAUGAAAGGAGCAAUGACACCAAUGGAAGUGUGUGAAGGACUGGGGCUUUAUGAUCUUAAGAACAGAAAAUGGCAUAUACAAGGGACUUGCGCUCUUAAAGGAGACGGACUUUAUGAGGGCUUGGACUGGUUAGCAAGCACUCUCAAGGAGUUAAAAGCCACUGGAUACUCUUCAGUGGGCACUUCAUCAUUCUAAUUAACCUGGCUUACUCGAAGCCCUGAUUUUGCGGAUGAGCUGAAGACCAACGGCGACAAUCUACAACUUUAGAAGCUUGAACGCAAGAUGAUUUUUUUGGGGUUACGUUUGUAAAGCUAUUGAAGUCUAUAAGGUGCUAACUCCUGGCCUUGGUUGGCACUUUAAUCUGUCACAGCCUUCGGUGUAUAUUAGGACAUGCCCCGACCAUUGGGGGUUAAUUAUUAAUUUAGUAAUAGGGGAUUUAUGGAUGCUUUGGAAGUCCCCUAUAAUAUUGUUGACACAUGUUCUAUAAAAAUAGGGGUGAAUUGUAAUUUUGCACUCUCCUUUUUUCUCCCUCUCUCUGACACAACAGAAUUA